AGAAAAUUGAAUGUUGAAUGACCGUGUGACUAUCAAGUCUGUUUUAAUCACCGUGUGCACUGUCAGCAAAUAUGUCCUCGAUGGAGGGUGAACAUGCAGAUUUUGACGAUGAUCAUGAUAGGGACGAGGGUUUCCCUGAUGAAGACACUCCAUUUCAAUCAGAUAACGCUUUUUCAGAUGAUGGGCGUUAUCAGGAUGAUGGCCGGUACCCUGAUGACCGUUACCAGGAUGACUCACCUGUGCAUAAACAUGAUGACCGUUACCAAGGUGGUGGACCCCGUCAGAUGAGAAUGAUGAGACCUCAGUUCCGCCCAAGAUUUCAGGGUGGUUACCGUGGGCAUCCUCGAAUGCAAAUGCAUGGUGGUCGAGGAAAUUUUAUGCGGCCAGGAAUGGGUCACCAUCGUGGUCCAGCUUAUGAUGGUUACGGCCCACCUCCGAUGGGUAUGCAAAGAGGAUAUCCACCUAGAUUUAGUCCUCAGUAUCCAGGACGUUAUCAAGGUAUGAAUGAUGAUCAGAUAGAUGAGCAAAUGGAUGAUUCUCACCCACCAAACGAUAUGAACUAUUCAGGUCAUGGAGGAGAUAUGCAAAUGCAUCCCAAUAAUUUUUCGAACAUGCAGCAUAUGCGCAUGCGUGGUCCUCCACCACAAUUCAUGUCCAACAACAAGUCAAUGCCUCCUGAUCACCAGCAACCUUCGGCAGUUCCGCCCCCUGGAUCAGCCUCAUCAGGGCCUCAGAACUAUAGUGGAAAUGCCCCACCAUUUAAUAACAAUCAGGGGCCUCAUUAUGGAGGACCUCAGUCUCCGUUCGGUGGGCCUCCUGGUCCUCAGUACUCAGGGUCGCAAAACGCGCCGCCCUUCAGUGGUCCACCGUUCAAUGGACCACCUGGCUCUCAGUACAACGGCCCUCAAUACAAUGGUCCACCUGUGUCUCAGAUGAACUCGUCAUCUUGUGAUUCUAACGCAGGGCCACCAACAGGCGUCCAAUUUGCACCACCUGUCAGGCCUUAUGGGGCACCUGGUCCUUAUCCCGUACCUCCUGCUCCUUUCGGUCCUCCUGGACAGGGACCUCAAAGCACUGGUUCGUUCAAUGGAUCUUCACAGUUUCCUGGAGGCCCUAACUGUCCUCCAACGACUACUCCACAGGGUGUACCGAACAAUAUGCCUCCACUAGCCGGUGCUCCUGUUCCUGUCGCACCACCGGUUGCAGCUCCUGCUCCUGUUUGUCCUCAGACCACGGCUCAGUCACCAGCUACCCAAACUCCUGCUGCUCCAGUGACAGUUCCACCGGCAGUCCAGCCACCUGUUUCAAAUGCACCUCCACCGUUUCCUUAUCCAGCUCCAAUCCCGUCGGGUGCUGAUGCUCCACAUUUCGGUAUCCCACCACCUUGUUUUGGUGCAAUGCCAGCAGCCCCGCCUCGACCGAUGGUUAUGCAAACAAUUCCAGGGCCUGGAAUGCCCCCUGGUACAUUGCCAUGUCCAGCUAUGCCACCUAUGCCGAUGAUGGGUCCUCCACCACUUCCAGGCAUGCCUCCAAUGCCGCAUCCUAUGUCACAUUUUCGCCCUCCAAUGCCGUUUAUGCCACCCGUAAUGCCAGUCAACGCUUUCCCACCAACCAUGAUGCAGCCGAGAGUUGUGGAUGACAUAUGGGUUGAAAACCUUACGGCUGAAGGCAAGUCAUAUUAUUACAACAUGCGUACCCGUGAGACGCGCUGGGACAAACCUGAAGGUGUCACCGUUGUUCGUCAAGGUGAGGUGGAAGGCACAGUGAAGCCUGCAUCUACAUUCCCAGUAACUACAACGGCUGUGUCUACGAGCGCUAAUACGCCUAUUUCAACACCAGUUACACCCGCUAAGCCGCCGGAGGUUGCAGUAUGGACAGAAUAUCAUAAUCAGGAUGGAAAGGCAUAUUAUCACAAUAUAAAGACUGGUGAGACUACAUGGGAGAAGCCAAAGGUGUUAGUGGACUGGGAAAACAAAUCAGAUCCAAACUCCAGUCAGAAGGCUCCGGAACAGCCGGCUCCUACUCCAGUAGUCAAAGAAAAUACAACUCCGACAAACACAACAGUACCCGUUGCUGAAAAUAAAAAAUCGGCAACAGCGGAGUCGACUGACAGCUCUAAGGUAGAGAGUUCAAAGUCUGAGGCAGAUAAGAAUGGCGUCAAUGAGUCAAAUGAACAGGAGUCAAAAACUGAAUCCGCGAAAGCGUCGAAAGAUAGUAGUAGACCUGUAUCAAGCACAGCGGUCCACGGGACUCCAUGGUGUGUUGUAUGGACAGGAGACGGUCGUGCCUUUUUCUUCAAUCCUAGUCAGCGUCUCUCUGUUUGGGAGAAACCUGAAGAGCUUAAAGGUCGUGCAGACGUCGAUAGACUACUAGAAAAACAACCAAAUGCCCCUUCCUCCGGUCAGACAAGUUCACCAAAACCAAACACGGCGAAUGAUGAUGGUCCUGAAGCGGCUGAUGGGAGUUCUGCCCCCAAAAAAGCACGUCUCGAAAAUGACGAUGUUAAUGGUGUUGCAGCUGAAGCGGAUGUACCUGCGGCUGAACCAGUGGAGGAGAAUGAUGCAGAUAAGUCUGGCAGCACGUUGGAUAAGAUCCCGGUAGGAAUGGAAGCUGCGAAGGAAGCUGAAGAGAGAGCCGCCCGAGAACGAGCUGUACAGCCAUUGGAAGUUCGUGUGCGAAGGUUCAGGGAAAUGUUAGUUGAGAUGCAGGUUUCAGCGUUUUCUACCUGGGAGAAGGAACUACAUAAGAUUGUGUUCGAUCCGCGUUAUCUACUACUGGCGAGUAAAGAAAGAAAACAAACAUUCGAAGCCUACGUGAGGGAGCGUGCUGAGGAGGAACGGCGUGAGAAGAAAAGUAAACUUAAAGAGAAAAAAGAAAAGUUCAUAGAACUAAUGGAUGAGGCUGGAUUGAACUCAAAGUCUUCAUAUAGUGAUUUCGCUGCCAAGUAUUCCAAGGAUGACCGCUUUAAGGGAAUUGAAAAAUCUCGUGAUCGUGAAGCUAUGUUUCAAGAUUACCUGGCCGAAUUACGCAAACGGGAAAAGGAGGACAAGCAUCGUGAAAAAGAGAAAGUCAAACUGGAAUUCUUCAAUAUGUUGAAAGAACAGAAAGGUAUAACUCGAUAUACUCAUUGGACAGAUGUAAAGCGCAAAGUGGAUUCCGAUCCUCGAUAUAAAGCUGUAGAUUCCUCCUCAAAAAGAGAGGAUUUGUUCAGAGAGUUUAUUCGUAAGCUUGACGAAACUCCUGCUGUUCGAGAAGACAGUUAUACACGAAAAGAGCGAGAGAAGAAAGAACGUCAAGAAGCCUCCAUAAGAGAACGUGAGAAGGAAGUGAAAGAAGCGUUAUCCUCUUCGUUAAGAGAAAGAGACAAGGAACGGGAACAGCAUUUACGCAAUGAACAGGAGACAAAUUUCCAUACAAUGCUACAGGAUUUGAUACGUGAUCCUAGUCUUACAUGGAAAGAAGCCAAGAAAAUACUUCGUAAAGAUCCUAGAUGGGAAGGUGUUAGUGAAGUGUUUGAACGGUCAGAACGAGAAGAAAUGUUCCAGGAGCACAUCAAUAAUUUAUCAAAAAAGUCUCGGGAGAUAUUUCACCGUUUGUUGAGUGAAACUGAAGGAAUGUCUUUUGAUUUAUCCUGGAAAGAGGCGAAAAAGAUCAUUAAUGCUGAUCCUCGUUUUGAAAAGAUUCCAAGCGAAAGAAAAAAAGAAUCAGAAUUUAGCAUAUGGGUAGAAAUGAAAAAAAAUCAGGCUAAAGAAGCUUUUAAAGAGCUUCUCAAAGAAACUAAGAUAAUCAAUGCUCGAACUAAGAGAACGCUUGAGGAAAAUGAAAAUCAUAUAGCCGACAUAAUGGAAGCUCUUGAGAAAGAUAAAAGGUUCAUCGCUUUAGAUGCUUUCGAGGAUGAACGCAAUUCCCUGAUAGAAGAUUAUAUUGACAGUUUAGACAAAAAGCGCACACCUACUCCAGUCUCUAUGUCAUCGAAAGAAUCCACCAAUCGACGAUAGUACUAAAACACAGUAAACAUCAAUCUAUCUUCAUUUUUGCAUUUUUUCUCUCUCUCUCUCUAUCUCUAUCGUUUGGAUUCAUCAAAGUCUACACAUAUUUUCUCGCUCUUCUUCGUACACACCUAGUUUUGUCACAUAUACUCUCUCAAGUUCUUAAAAUUUCUCAAUGGAAUGUCGGCACAACUCUCUGAAGAUAACUUGUAAUACUUGUUAUAUUGUUAAAUAAAGGCAUCUUGAAAAUCUGG